AUGCGAAUUAACGAUUUAUAUCUCACGUUGCAGGUUGCGCAGGCGGCGGAGUGCGCCCGCGCCGCUGAGUUACGCGCGCAGGUUGCCAAGCACAACGCCUUAGAACAAGCAGCGCGAAGAGACACAAGAGCGCAGUGCCAUAAAUUGCUGGAGGAAAUAAAAUCGAAGGAGCGGGUCAUAAUACAACUGAGGAGAGAGGUGGCGCGGACAACAUCACAAUAUGAACAGGCGCUUCUCUAUUAUGGAAGUUGGCCGUUAGUCAUGGGACGCGUUUCUUGUCCUGUGCCAGAUGUAGCUCUUCCAGUUAUAGUUUAA